GAAAAUUUUCCAUCUCCGCAUGUGGAUCAGUAUACGAAACAAAACUUUGCAAAGGCUAUCUUGAGAGCUUUACCACGUUUCAAAGAUUUAGUAGUUGAAUUUUCGAUUAAAUGUCGAGAUUUAGAAGACUCUGCAUAUGGACAUAC